GUUAAAUAGCGAAUAAAUAAAAUUGUAUUUAGAAYAUAGAUAUGAAAUAUGAAUUUCUUUAUUGAAUGACGAAAUCGAAAACGUCAUUUAAGUAUUUAACGUUAAUAAUCAUCUCAUAAAACAUCAGACUGAAACUUAAAUUAUAAUUCUUUAACGACUUUUAUUAUCGCCCAACUGGAUCAUUAAUAUACUCGACUCAAGGUGUCACCUCCAAGAUAUUUCAUUUGUCUACUACGUUUGAAAAUGUUUGAAAAUAUUGAUACUUGUUUGGAGAAAUAUAUUCCACAGGAAGAAUUAAAUCAUGUGCAAAAGAUCUUGUACGGAAAAAAAUUAGAGGAACUUAAACUGCCAGAGUCGUGUAUAAAUAAUGUAGAUAAUGUGGAAGUUAAAGGUUUCAAAUUUGAUAGUUUAACUGAAGAGUUACGGGAAAAACGGAUUGUAAGAAUUGGAGUUAUUCAAAAUCAAAUUGUUCUUCCAACAACAGCUCCUUUAACUGAACAACGAAACGCUAUUUAUCAAAAGAUAAGCAAAAUAAUAUCACUUGCGGCUGAAGCUAAUGUGAAUGUGUUAUGCCUUCAAGAAGCUUGGCCCAUGCCUUUUGCGUUUUGUACAAGGGAAAAAUUUCCUUGGUGCGAGUUUGCUGAAUCAGCUGAAACAGGGCCAACAACAUUAUUUCUCAAAGAUAUCUGCAAACAGUAUAACAUGGUUAUCAUUUCACCAAUUCUGGAACGHGAUGAACAAGAGGUUAUCUGGAAUACAGCUGUAGUCAUAGAUAACUUUGGAAAAGUGAUUGGUAAACAUAGAAAAAACCAUAUACCUCGAGUGGGUGACUUUAACGAAUCUACUUAUUACAUGGAAGGAAACACGGGACAUCCAGUUUUUGAGACAGCUUUUGGUCGAAUUGCAAUCAAUAUUUGUUAUGGGCGCCACCACCCACUGAAUUGGUUGAUGUUUGGAUUGAAUGGAGCUGAAAUUGUUUUCAACCCUUCGGCUACAAUUGAUGGUCUAAGUGAGACACUUUGGGGAAUUGAAGCUAGAACAGCUGCAGUUGCCAAUAGUUAUUUUUCUUGUGCCAUCAAUAGAGUGGGUACAGAAACUUUCCCAUCAGAGUUUACUAGCGGUGAUGGCAAACCAGCACAUAAGAAUUUUGGUCAUUUUUAUGGAUCGAGCUAUAUUACUGCCCCUGAYGGUACAAGAACUCCUAGCCUCUCUAGGACUCRUGAUGGAUUGUUAAUUUCAGAAAUAGACUUGAAUCUUUGUAGACAAGUAAAAGAUCAUUGGGGUUUUCAAAUGACCCGACGACUAGAUUUAUAUGCAAAUUCAUUGGCAGACAUUGUAAACUCUAAAUAAUUAUAUUCACUUAAAAAAAGAUUAUCAAUAGUCAAUAAAUUGUACACCUUAUAUAAAAUUCUAUAUGAUAUUAUUAUAAAUAUUUAGUAUAUUUGUUAAGUUUAUAACACAUUGUAAUUUUUGUU